GCAAGUAAUCCCUCAUUACGAAAAUGCCAAUGCCCAAAUGGGUUGUUCCAUAGAGAUAUUUAAGAGAAAUUUCACAUAAGUUAAUAUGUCGUCACCACUGAAUUUUGACAUGAAAAUUAACUAUAUUCUUUCAACGAUGUGAUUCCGAAGAAAACACCAGCUCAAAGUUGGCUUUCAGCAACUAGAACACUGACAUCCCCUCAGCAUGGAUGUGACUGGACUGAAUCACAUCGGGGAUCCUGCCCAGCUGCCGUCAUUCAAAGCUCUUCUUCGUGGUGGUCCAGUGCCCUCUACUGCUGCACUUGAUGUCUUCAUCACUGAUCUGGAUAUAAGGCUGGACCAAAACUCAAAAGAGUUGGAUGUGUGUCUCCAGUCUGUGCUGGACUUCACGAAUGAACUCCCAGGAAGCAAGUGUUUCACCUCUCCCAAGGAGGGCCUCACACACAUGCACAACAGCCAUGUGUUGGAGAAGGACUCCUGCUAUGACCCUGAGAUGGAAGAUGUCAUGGCUAUGCUUACUUAUCUCCAUAAGACUUUAGAGCAGUGUCCUGGGUGUGAGGAGGCUGUUCUCCAGGAGAUCCUGACACUGUCCUCAAUAGAAGGUCUCUCUCUUCCCCUCAAGGCCUCGGACACAGACUCUAUGUCCAUGUCCAUGGUGUCUCUCAACAUGGUGGUGGACAGCGGGGACCAGCUCAUUGAGCAGAAGUGGAAGAAAGUCACACAGCUACUCAAGAAACAUUUCGUGGACCGGCUGCUGCAGCUGCCAGUCAGCAUGAUGGACAGCAACCUCAACGUACUGGUCAACAUGAGGCUCAACCUGCUGCAAAGCCUGCGAGCCAUAGCCCCGGACGAGGAUGUGUGGAAUAGGUAUCGGUCACUGCGGACACAACAGCUGGAGAAAUGUUUCAGUGAUAUGUUGCCGGAGCAACCGUCUGAGAACACAGACUACAAGGCCUUCAGCCAUCACUGUAAUGCCAUGGCAGACAUCAUCAUCAGCAUGCUUGACGAGGACUUCAUUGUCCUCAACACCGGCAUGUUCACUAAGGUCACCGGGGUGUUCAAGGCCCUGCAUGACCUGUACCUGGAGAAGUACAGCGACGAGAUGUCCCUGCUGGUGGAGGAGGUGUGUGAUGAGAUCAGCGAGGUGAGGAGCAAGGGGCUGGCUCAGUCCCACAGUGAGUUCGGCUUCCAGAGUAACCACCAUGGCACUAUGGCUAAAGGAGGCCUGGCUCAGAGUCUGGACAGCAUGGUGACAACAUCCACAGCGGCGCAGGCUGCACCAGCGGAACCCAAGUCCUACAUCCCACAGACAUGCAUGAAGUCCCUGCUGCAGAUUCUCUGCUCCAUCCUGAAGAUCGAGGAGCAUGUGGAUCAGCUGCUGAGGAACACGUCAUGGGAUGUGUGUGGCCUAGCAGGCAAGAAGAGCAAGAGGAAAGGCAGUCUCCGAGGAGUGUUGAAGCCAAGUUCCAGCCCAGAGAUGAGUCGCCAUUCAAUGAAUCUGAGCGGCCUGAGUAACAGUGAAACAAACCUUGAUGGCUCUGUAUCCUCCUCCGUGUCCUCACUACACAGCAGUACAGCAGCUCCUAAAGUGAUAGAGAGAACAAAGACAGAGGACAGACUUCACUGGGAUUGGAAGAUCAUCUUCAAGAAAGUGUCAUCUGACCUAACACACGCAGUAGAGGCUGACCUUCAUGAAGUCAUGUCAAAUGGCCUUGACAUUGACCUCAGACAGUGGGAGACAAGCAGGAAGCUAGAGACGUGCAAUGUUCCAGAAAUUCUUCAUGGAGGAAAGCUUGAUUAUCCCAAAGUUGUUUCCAAGGCUGUGUUUGACUUCUUCUCUGCCGCUGACAACUUGCUGCCCCUUGCGCGAGCCGGCCGGGACGGAACCUUCCAGACUGUUAGGUCUGCCUUUAUUGAGGCCAUCAACCUUGGGCUCAAGAACUUCAAUGUUCAUUUUACAAAGCUGUGCAAGGAUGUCCCGAGCCAGGCGCCACUGUUCAGCAUGUAUGUCAUCAUGUCCAGUGCUGCGUACAUCAGGAACCAGCUGGUCCACUAUGAAAAGGUCCUGGUGUUUGACGAGGCAGGGAAGAAGCCGUUUUGUGGUCUUUACAAACAGUUUGUGGAGCUAACAGAUUCGCUGACUCAGCAGGUUAUAGAACUGCACACUCAGUUGAUCUCCACUAGUAUUUUACAUGAUGCUGAAGGGGGAGACUGGGCCAAUAUGAAAGAUUUCUAUGAGGACGAGCGGUGCUCCUUCACCAUACAAAUGUGGAACUACCAUCUGCGGGCCUUGCAGAGUGACCUGUGGUCAGUGGCGCCCCCACAGAUGGCUCAGCACAUCUUCAGUCUGGUUUUGAAGGAGUCUUUGACUGUCAUCGCUCACAGAUAUGUCAGAGUAAAACCCAGCUUUAAGAGAGUCAAACAGUUCAGGUAUGACCUGACCGCUGUGUUGCUGUGCACUGAGGAAUUCCUACUUCACACGAGCAGCUCGGUGUCUCACAUCCUGGACCCAGGACACACAGACCAGCCAGCCUACACCAUUCACAAUCUCUGCUCUACCAUCUUCUCAGCUUUAGCCAUCGUCAGCUCACCUCUUGAAAUUCUCUACAGGGUAUACAAGAAGGGAUAUGGUCGGCGGCGUGACAGCCAUGAAGAGUUUUCACUCCAUCUAGCAACAUCCUACACUGGCUCCAACACACACUGGCUCCAUUGGAUCCGGCCUGAACUCUACCACACCAACCAGAAACACUUCGACGACAUGCAGACAACGAUGGCGGUGUAUGUACAGUUGCAGAUGUUGUUGCACCAGCCUGAUCCUCACUGGGGGAAACUCCUGCAGCUGCUGAUAAUGAAGGAGUUCACUGUGUCAAUCCUUCUGCUCACUCGGAGCAUGGAGACAAUACGGGCCACAGAGGAACUUGUCAUUCAGAUCGAGACAGCCACGAACAAGCUGGCAACAGUGCCCACCAUCGACACCAACCAGCUGACGGUGGCCAAGACACUCUUCCAGUCUGUAGUCAACAUCCUGGCUCUCAGUCAGAGUUUCCCUGAUGCACUUGUCAAGUCUCUCCUCCCAGUCAUUGACAGAUGCAAAGACUGGGACAGUCUCAACAUAAAAGGCUUGGCAGCUUCCCCUGAGUUUAAGCCUCCAUUUUGGAUGGAAGCCAUAUUUUCUGUGAUAGAGCCCCUCAUUCAGAGAGUGCUGGGCCCUGUGUUGGACUACAUGAUGAUGCUGCCGACCAGCACGGCCUCCCUCGACCCCCUCAUCAUGAAGAUCAGUGAGCUGCCGUGUGGGUGCCCGCCCUGCCAGAUGGAGCCCAACAACAACAGGAAGCCCCCAGCCCUGAAAGCUGUGAUGGACGGGGCGCUGAAGAUCCUCAUCUCCGAGCUGAGUGAGAGUGUCCUGUGCCUGAGGACUCCAGUGUGCCUCAUGUUUAACGUCCUGCAGGAGGCCUGCACAGAACGCAAGAUCAAGACAGGACAUAGCUGUGUGGGCUUGCAGCUGAUUGCAGCCAGUCUGAAGUGUAAGCUUCAGGACACAGAGUACCUGGAGAAGGCUGUCGGGCUCAGCUUCCACCCAGACAUGCUAAAGCAGAUUGCCUCUCUAGCCGAGUGUGUCUACCAUGUCUUGGCUGUAGGCAGAUCUAAAAACCAGAACACCCCAAAGUUAGCUUCCAAGUUCUGCAAGUCCCACAAGGAAUGGAUGGCACAAAAGUUCCACAUAAUCUCGAGUCACUUCAUGAAUGACAUCUUCUGUAUGCCGGACAGUGAUAUCCUAGAGGGCGCCACCACAGCGUACAGUGACCAAGUGUUCACAGCCAUGGCCAGCAGCACUAUCGAUGCCGCCACAGGCCUGCAUGACCUGCAGACAGUUCACAACACGGUCCACAACAACGGAGUGUGGCUGCUGCAGCAGAUGGACGUGAAGCCAGUGGUCAGCAAGGAAGGAGUGGACAGAGUCCAACACUUCACAUUCAACAUCGCAAAGCCUAAACCUAAACCCUUCAUCCCAGUCAAGGAGUUCUGUCGGCUCGGGGACUGUGAUUUUGAUCAGGACUACAUCCUCCACUUCCCCUUCAAGUGGUCCGAGAUGCUGCAGAGUGACUUGGGGUUAAGUGAGCACGGUUUCCGCUCUCUCCUCUUCCACCGCCACGAGAUGCAGGAUGGAGCUUUCCUUGAGGAUGUGGAGAAGAAGCCGGUAGAAGUCCUUAAAGCCAAGUUUGACUCCGAGACAAUGUAAUCACCAGCGAUGUUUUGUGUUUGAGAUCUGAAAAUGGCACUAUGUGACACCCAGUGAAGGUGGUGAUCUGAUUUAGUAGUGUACAAGUUUAUGUUUCAGUUUGUAAGUACACACUAGCACUGAAUCUAUGUGAGACAAUCAGACGAAAUAUCAGCUUCCUCAGCUCUGUAAGUGUUCAGUUCCACCCACCUUGCCCCCCCACCACCAUCAUUGUGUUAUUUCCUUGCCCACCCACCACCAUCAUUGUAUUAUUUCCUAGCCCAUCCUCACUAUACUGUUAUUUCCUCGCCCACCCACCACCAUCAUUGUGUUAUUUCCUAGCCCAUCCUCACCAUCCUGUUAUUUCCUUGCCCACCCACCACCACCAUUGUAUUAUUUCCUAGCCCAUCCUCACCAUCCUGUUAUUUCCUUGCCCACCCACCACCACCAUUGUAUUAUUUCCUAGCCCAUCCUCACCAUCCUGUUAUUUCCUUGCCCACCCACCACCAUCAUUAUAUUAUUUCCUAGACCAUCCUCACCAUC